AUGUCGGACUUCAGCAUCAACAAUUUCUUUUCGCUCGACGGCAAGGUAGCUCUGGUUACGGGUGGCUCUCGUGGUCUAGGUCUUCACGCUGCCACAGCAUUCCUGCUCGCAGGCGCCAAAACCGUCUUCAUCAGCGCUCGCAAGGCUGCCAGCGAACAAGGCAUUGAUCAAGCUGUCACUCGUCUGAACAAACUACCAGGCAUCAAAGGCAAAGCCAUCGGCAUUCCGGCGAAUGUCGCACAAGUCGAAGAUAUCGAGCGACUCGUCGCCGAGAUCAAGAGGCACGAGUCACGUCUCGACAUCUUAGUCGCCAAUGCUGGUGCAACCUGGGGAGGACCCUUCGAACCAACACCAGACUGGAGCUCUCAGAAAGUACUGGACCUCAACGUGCGAGGCGUGUUCAAUCUGGCUCGACUCUUCACUCCCAUGCUCUCGUCGUCAGGAAGCAAGCAGGAUCCGAGCCGCAUCAUUAUCGUCUCCAGCACAGCCGGCUCGAACGUACCGCAUGUCGGUGAGCAUGGCACAAUCAUGUACUCUGCCUCGAAAGCCGCGGCACAUCACUUGGCUCGAAACCUAGCUGUUGAACUCGGUCCUCGUAACAUCACGACCAAUACUGUCGCGCCAGGGUUCUUCCCAUCCAAACUAGCUAAUGGUCUGAUCGAGCACCUGGGUGGCCAGGACCAACUCGAACGUGACAACCCUCGAGGCCGUCUUGGUGAACCUCAAGAUAUCGCGGGUGUGAUGUUGUUCUUGUGCUCACGAGCUGGCAACUAUGUUAACGGUGAAGAUAUUGCUAUUGAUGGAGGUGUUAGACUAGCUGCAGGUCGUUUGACGAAACUUUAA